GUUGAGGGCUGGUUCAGGAAGGUAGGCAAACUGGAAAACCGAGUAUUGCUCAGCUGAGAGUCAGAGUUCUCACGGCUACACAAAUCGAUACUGCCUCCGCCUUCCCUUUCUCUGCAGCCAGGGCAGCCCACUUUAUCUGUUCUUCCAAGGAAUUCCCCUCAUUCAACAGUAUUUUGAGACCUCUCCUGUGAAAACCAUCCGCACUCUCCGUUCCCAGCCUGGUGUCAGAGCUAUUACCGACCAUAAUUACGGCUGAAAGAAGAAGGAAAUGAGUUGGCUCUGCCCUCGCUUCAGAGACAGAGGUCCUCGCAGAGAACCUUCUUCAGAGAGAGAAGCAAUGAACUCUGCUCAGGAGCAUGAGGUUAUUGAAUUCCAGGAGCAUAAUGUGGAGGAAAGCAAGGCUGAUCACCACAAGACUCUAAAUGGCCAAACAAGAAAGGAGGAGAGAGAUCCCUGGAAAUCGUGCAGGAAUGUAGUUUUCUGGAAGUGUAAACUAUGGAUGGUUAUAACUGCGAUAUUUCUAGUGAUCUUCCUGGUCAUUCUCAUCAGCCUAAUUCUUUAUUCUAAUAUUUACACAGAUGAGGAUGACUACUGGGAUCCUGAUGAACUACUAAGCACUGGAAUCUUCCACAAUUUUUCAGGAACAUUGGAGUUAAUGUGUGGUCUCCCACACUUCUCCUCAGAGAACAUUACUAAGAAGCUAGCAGAAGUCUACAGUUCAUCUCCAGCUUUAGGACGCUACUUUAGGUCAGCUCAGGUGAUUUCUUUCAGUAAUGAAAGCUCCACUGUAAAUUAUCAGCUAGUGUUUUCUGUACCACCAUCAACAGAGGAAUUUAUGGAAAACAGUAUGAACCCAGAUUUUAUAAGGAACAUUUUACGUCAAAAUAUUUAUGAUGAAGAUACUCUCAAUCCUGGGACAUCUGAAUGUGUCAGAUUAAAACUCGACCCGGCUUCUCUCACAUAGAAAUUAUGGAAAGAUUCCUCAUCUUCAUCACCACCUAGAAGAGAUGAGAUUCCCUAUCUAUAAGUAAUCCCAGGGCAGGGAACUAUUCGUUAGGUAGAAAUACUUCUAAAAUUGUUGUCCUAUAAAUACUGCCUGUGAUGCAACAUUGUAAAUGGAAAAUGUGGUAUAUUUAUGACAGUGUUGUAUUGCUACAACACCACUACCUCUUUCUUUUAUAUUUCAAUAAUCAGUUCACCCUUGAGAAAAUCAUGUAUUUGAUGCAUGCUCUGUUGAUCUUGAAAGUUCUGCUUUGUCUUGCCUUUUGAUUAAAUCUGAAUCCUCUGCAUGAACUUUAAAAGCAGUCUUGCACCUGGCUCCUUUCUUUUUCUCUUGGCUUAUGCAAAAUUACCUGCACAGCUUCAUCCUCAAUGCUUUCACUCAAUUUUUUUUUUAUUUUUUUCCUUCCAAACUCUAUGUCACAUUUCCUUGUUGCUCUUUC